AUGGUAAGCAAGGCGGUAGUUGCCGGUGUUUCACUCAUUCUCGUGGUUGGGGUAGUAGUUGGUGUGGUGACCGUCACACGCGGUGUCCACAGCUCCAAUAAUGAAGCCACCACCGACGACAAGAGCUUGGUCACGGGGAUGAAGGCUGUUAAGAUCAUCUGUGAACCCACGAGCUACAAGGAUGUUUGCGAGCGGACCAUUAGCGGGGUUGCCAAUAAUGCAAGUGCUGACCCCAAGGACUUCAUCAAGGUUGCAGUUUCUGCCACCCUCGAUGAGAUUCGAGCUGCCAUGGAUCACUCAGCCAUCCUCGAGAAGGAUCACAAAAACGGCACCCACCAGAAGAAUGCAUUGGAAGACUGUAAGGAAUUGCUGCAAUUCUCCAUCGAUGAGCUCCAAGAAUCCAUUUCAGUAGUAGAAGAGAAUGAUUUGAAGACAGUGAAUUACCGCGUACCGGAUCUCGCCAACUGGUUGAGCGCCGUGGUCUCUUACCAGGUGACUUGCCUUGAUGGAAUUAAUCAUCCGAAGCUGAAGUCUGCCAUGGAGAAAGGCCUCCACAAUUCCACCCAGUUGACAAGCAAUGCGCUUGCCAUCAUUGUUGAGUUCUCAAAAAUCUUUAUGAGUGCCUUUAACAUCCCUCUUGACGGCUUAAAGCCCACGUCAAGACGACUCUUACACGAGGAGGCCACCCAAGUUGACAGCGAAGGCUACGCCAAGUGGUUAUCGGCAGCAGACCGCAAGCUCCUGGCCGUCCGCGGGGGACCCAAACCCAACGCAGUGGUCGCCAAGGACGGGAGCGGGCAGUUCAAGACAAUCGCCGCAGCUCUAGCCGCCUACCCCAAGAACCACAAAGGCAGGUACAUUAUCUACGUCAAGGCCGGCAUCUACGACGAGUACAUCAUCAUUGACAAGCACAAGGUUAAUGUCUUCAUGUACGGAGAUGGUCCUAGGAAGACCAUCGUCACAGGAAACAAGAACAGAAAGCAUAGAGGGUACGAAACAUACCGGUCAGCCACCUUCUCGGCCAUAGGAUAUGGGUUUUUAUGCAAAUCAAUGGGAUUCAGAAACACAGCGGGCCCAACAGGGGAGCAGGCCGUGGCUCUCCGCGUGCAAUCCGACUAUUCGGCCUUCAUCAACUGCAGGAUGGACGGUUACCAAGACACAUUGUACGUACAGACGCAUCGCCAGUUCUACCGCAAUUGUGUCAUCUCUGGCACCGUGGACUUCAUAUUUGGUGACUCUGCGACGAUGAUCCAGAACUCAUUGAUCAUCGUCAGGAAGCCAUUGGACGGUCAAAAGAACACGGUGACUGCACAGGGGAGGGAGGACUUGAAAGAGCCGAGAGGUAUUGUGAUCCAGAACUGCCGCAUUGUGCCCGAGCAGAAGCUAGUCCCCUAUAGAUUCAAGAUCCCCACAUACUUGGGCCGCCCAUGGAAGAAAUACGCAAUCACGGUGAUUAUGGAGUCCCAACUAGCCGACUUCAUCCACCCCGACGGAUGGUUGCCAUGGAACACAACUAACUUUGCACUAGACACCUGUUACUGCGCUGAGUACGGCAACCGUGGUCCUGGUGCCAAGACUGACAAGAGGGUCCGAUGGAAGGGCAUCCAUAUCAUCACCGAUAGAAAUCUGGUAACUAAGUUCACUGCCGGUCCUCUCCUCAAUGGAAGCCUAUGGUUGAAGAACAUCGGUGCACCUUACGAUCUUGGCUUCACACAUUGAAACACUUUUGGAUAGGUCUCCAUUGUAAAUUAAGCUUGCGAUGGAUUAAGAAAGUAUACAUUCUUGUUGGAGUUUAAUCUGGCGGGGUGGGUUCCGCGAUUAAAGAGAAAAUUGGUGAGCGGGAGCGAGGGAAUCGAGAAAUUAUAUUGUCUUUUCUUUGUAAUCUCCUACUACAUGGAUGAAUCAAAGCAGAGCAAAACCUUGGCGUCAGCAGAUGCUGCGGAUCAGGUAAU